GUCUACCCACGGAUAGCGCCGGCAUUUUGGCACUACCUGCGGGUAGAAGAGCAUGAGCAGCUCAGCUAUUCCUCCACAAGGUCCAAGGCUCCAAGUGUUAUCAUCACAGGUCUCAAGCCAGCCACCAAGUAUAUAUUUCAUAUCAGAGUCAGGACGGCAGCAGGAUACAGCGGCUAUAGCCAGAAGUUUGAAUUUGAAACUGGAGAUGAAACUUCUGAUAUGGCUGCAGAGCAGGGGCAGAUUCUUGUAAUUGCUACUGCGGCUGUUGGUGGAUUCACUCUCCUGGUCAUCCUCACUUUGUUCUUCCUGAUCACUGGGAGGUGCCAGUGGUACAUAAAGGCCAAAAUGAAAUCUGAAGAGAAAAGAAGGGCUCAUUUGCAAAAUGGACAUUUACAUUUCCCAGGAAUCAAAACAUAUAUUGAUCCAGACACAUAUGAAGACCCGUCUCUUGCUGUCCAUGAGUUUGCAAAGGAGAUCGAUCCUUCAAGAAUUCGUAUUGAGAGAGUUAUUGGGGCAGGUGAGUUUGGAGAAGUAUGCAGUGGACGUCUGAAGACACCAGGAAAAAGAGAGAUACCUGUAGCAAUUAAAACUCUAAAAGGCGGCUAUAUGGACAGGCAGAGAAGAGAUUUCCUCAGAGAGGCUAGUAUCAUGGGACAAUUUGAUCACCCAAAUAUAAUUCGCCUUGAAGGAGUUGUUACAAAAAGAUCCUUUCCGACCAUUGGGGUGAAGUCUCUUUCGAGAUUCCUGAGGGCGGGAUUUUUAAAUAGCAUCCUGGCCUCACAUCCAGUGUCAGGAGGUGGAUCUUUACCCCCCAGCAUUUCCUCUGGCAGACCAGUAAUGAUUGUAGUUGAAUACAUGGAGAAUGGAUCCCUUGACUCCUUUCUGCGGAAGCAUGAUGGCCACUUCACAGUCAUCCAGCUGGUUGGCAUGCUGCGGGGGAUUGCAUCUGGCAUGAAGUACCUCUCAGACAUGGGUUAUGUACACCGUGACCUGGCAGCCCGUAAUAUCUUGGUCAACAGUAACCUCAUGUGUAAAGUCUCUGACUUUGGGUUGUCACGAGUGUUGGAGGACGAUCCUGAAGCUGCUUACACAACAAGCGGUGGAAAAAUCCCCAUAAGGUGGACCGCUCCUGAAGCUAUAGCUUACCGCAAGUUCUCUUCUGCAAGUGAUGCAUGGAGCUAUGGGAUUGUAAUGUGGGAGGUGAUGUCCUAUGGUGAGAGACCAUACUGGGAGAUGUCCAACCAGGAUGUUAUACUGUCUAUUGAAGAAGGCUACAGGCUUCCAGCUCCCAUGGGUUGCCCAGCUUCUCUUCACCAACUAAUGCUUCACUGCUGGCAAAAGGAGAGGAACCACCGUCCAAAAUUUAGUGAUAUUGUCAGCUUCCUAGACAAACUGAUCCGCAAUCCAAGCACCCUUCAUAACUUAGUGGAGGACGUACUUGUAAUGCCAGAUUCACCUGGUGAAGUUCCAGAAUAUCCUUUGUUUGUUUCAGUCAGUGACUGGCUGGACUCCAUAAAAAUGGGUCAGUAUAAAAAUAACUUCAUGGCAGCAGGUUUCACAACUUUGGAUAUGGUUUCAAGAAUGAGUAUUGAUGACAUUAGAAGAAUUGGAGUUGUACUCAUUGGACACCAGAGACGAAUAGUCAGCAGUUUACAGACUUUGCGGUUACACAUGAUGCACAUACAGGAGAAAGGAUUUCAUGUAUGA